UUGUAAUUCUGGUCAAGGUGCUGAAGCUGCACCAUGGAGGGAAUCAAAUUUAAUCUGUGCCUCUUGUGUAUAUUUACAUGUGACGUCUUGGGUUUUUCAAAUGGUAACAUAUACAACGCUCAUGGCUCAGCUUAUGCAGGUGCAAGCGCUGGGGCUUACAACACACUGCCUAAAGCAUAUCCAUACGGAGCAAAGCAUGAACCAGUAUACAAACCUGUGAAGACAAGUUAUUCGUCACCAUAUAAACCACCAACAUACCAACCACUCAAAAAGAAACCAAUGGACUAUAAUAGUUCUCCGCCAACAUAUGGAUCAAAGACAAACUAUCUUGCAAAGAAGCUGUCAUCUUACAAACCUAUUAAGACAACAUAUAAUGCAAAGACAAGUUAUCCACCAGUUUAUAAACCUAAGAUGACUUAUCCUCCAACAUAUAAACCAAAGCCAAGUUAUCCAGCAACUUAUAAAGCAAAGCCAACUUAUCCAUCAACGUAUAAAGCAAAACCAAGUUAUCCUCCGACUUAUAAAGCAAAACCAAGUUAUCCUUCAACUUAUAAAGCAAAGCCAAGUUAUCCUCCAACUUAUAAAGCAAAACCAAGUUAUAAAGCAAAACCAAGUUAUCCUUCAACUUAUAAAGCAAAGCCAAGUUAUCCUCCAACUUAUAAAGCAAAACCAAGUUAUCCUUCAACUUAUAAAGCAAAGCCAAGUUAUCCUCCAUCGUAUAAAGCAAAACCAAGUUAUCCUUCAACUUAUAAAGCAAAGCCUAGUUAUCCUCCAACUUAUAAAGCAAAAAAAACAAGCUAUCCUCCAACUUAUAAAGCAAAAACAAGUUAUCCUCCAACUUAUAAAGCAAAACCAAGCUAUCCUUCAACUUAUAAAGCAAAGCCAAGUUAUCCUCCAACUUAUAAAGCAAAACCAAGUUAUCCUUCAACUUAUAAAGCAAAGCCAAGUUAUCCUCCAUCGUAUAAAGCAAAACCAAGUUAUCCUUCAACUUAUAAAGCAAAGCCUGUUUAUCCUCCAACUUAUAAAGCAAAACCAAGCUAUCCUUCAACUUAUAAAGCAAAAACAAGUUAUCCUCCAACUUAUAAAGCAAAAGCAACUUAUCCUUCAACGUAUAAAGCAAAACCAAGUUAUCCUUCAAUUUAUAAAGCAAAACCAAGUUAUCCUCCAACGUAUAAAGCAAAACCAAGUUAUCCAUCUACGUAUAAAGCAAAACCAAGUUAUAAACCAAAACCAAGUUAUCCUUCAACUUAUAAAGCAAAGCCAAGUUAUCCUCCAACUUAUAAAGCAAAGCUAAGUUAUCCUCCAUCGUAUAAAGCAAAACCAAGUUAUCCUCCAACUUAUAAAGCAAAGCCAAGUUAUCCUUCAACUUAUAAAGCAAAGCCAAGUUAUCCGUCAACUUAUAAAGCAAACCCAAGUUAUAAAGCAAAACCAAAAUAUCCUCCAACUUAUAAAGCAAAGCCAAGUUAUCAUUCAACUUAUAAAGCAAAGCCAAGUUAUCCUCCAACUUAUAAAGCAAAACCAAGCUAUCCUUCAACUUAUAAAGCAAAAACAAGUUAUCCUCCAACUUAUAAAGCAAAAACAAGUUAUCCUCCAACUUAUAAAGCAAAGGCAACUUAUCCUUCAACUUAUAAAGCAAAGCCAAGUUAUCCUCCAACGUAUAAAGCAAAACCAAGUUAUCCUUCAACUUAUAAAGCAAAACCAAUUUAUCCUUCAACUUAUAAAGCAAAACCAAGUUAUAAAGCAAAACCAAGUUAUCCUUCAACUUAUAAAGCAAAAGUAACGUAUCCUUCAACGUAUAAAGCAAAACCAAGUUAUCCUUCAACUUAUAAAGCAAAACCAAGUUAUCCUUCAACUUAUAAAGCAAAACCAAGUUAUCCUUCAACUUAUAAAGCAAAACCAAGUUAUCCUCCAACUUAUAAAGCAAAACCAAGUUAUCCUUCAACUUAUAAAGCAAAACCAAGUUAUAAAUCAAAGCCAAGUUAUCCUUCCACUUAUAAAGCAAAAACAAGUUAUCCUCCAACUUAUAAAGCAAAACCAAGUUAUCCUUCAACUUAUAAAGCAAAACCAAGUUAUCCUCCAACUUAUAAAGCAAAACCAAGUUAUCCUACAACUUAUAAAGCAAAACCAAGUUAUAAAGCAAAGCCAAGUUAUCCUUCCACUUAUAAAGCAAAAACAAAUUAUCCUCCAACUUAUAAAGCAAAACCAAGUUAUCCUCCAACUUAUAAAGCAAAACCAAGUUAUCCUUCAACUUAUAAAGCAAAACCAAGUUAUAAAGCAAAGCCAAGUUAUCCUUCCACUUAUAAAGCAAAAACAAGUUAUCCUCCAACUUAUAAAGCAAAACCAAGUUAUCCUCCAACUUAUAAAGCAAAACCAAGUUAUCCUCCAACUUAUAAAGCAAAGCCAACUUAUUCAUCAACUUAUAAAGCAAAGCCAAGUUAUCCUUCAACUUAUAAAGCAAAGCCAACUUAUUCAUCAACUUAUAAAGCAAAACCAAGUUAUCCUUCAACUUAUAAAGCAAAGCCAAGUUAUCCUUCAACUUAUAAAGCAAAGCCAACUUAUUCAUCAACUUAUAAAGCAAAACCAAGUUAUCCUCCAACUUAUAAAGCAAAACCAAGCUAUCCUUCAACUUAUAAAGCAAAGCCAAGUUAUCCUCCAACAUACAAAACAAGUUACCCUCCUACAUAUAAAAAAAAGAUCAGCUAUCCAUCACAAUAUAAAGCGAAGACAAGUUAUCCCCCAUCAUAUAAACCAACAAACAGCUAUCAUUCUCAAUAUUAAAAGUGUUAAUUAAAAUAUUCACAUUACUGUUCUACACAUUUUAACGUUUGUGUUGAUGAGGACAUUUGAAAGUAAUACAUAAUCGGGGUUAAUGAUUUGUUAUAUUCAAUCUUUAUGUUUGUGAUUGGUUAUGUUCUUGAUGUUAAAAAUAAAUGUUUAUUCUCUUCUGGU